UUACAUAUAUGCUUACUGCUGACUGCUUCUUCUCCGCGCCAAUGUCGUCAAAAUUUUUCUUUUUGAGGUAUAUAUGGUUUCGGGUGUGGGCGCAACUCGUCGAGAGUGAACGAUCAAGUACUAUUGAUAUAUUACGUCUAUUUUUACGUUGUGCAGGAAUCGGUUCGAAUAUCAGAUAUAGAAUCACCUACACUAGCUACGAUGAGAGACGAUUCCGCUUGGCCGCCGGGAACCGCUCUCCUUCAAGAUCUCAACGCAAACCUUCGGAAUGAAAGUGUGAUCCAAUUAAUCCCUGCGCCGACUAAUGACCCCAACGAUCCACUGAAUUGGAAGAAUUGGGAGAAAGCGUUGAAUUAUUUCCUCGUUCUUUGGUAUACCUUCAUAGUUUUUGCCAUAAUCGAUGUGAUAACUCCGACUUGGGAACCGAUGCAUGAGGAACUGGGCUUUAGUUACGAUAUACUAAAUGAUAGCUAUGCGGCCGGAUCGGGAGCGCUAUGCGUUGGGUCACUAUUAAUCAUCCCGUUUGCUCUGAAGCUCGGCCGACGUCCGGUGUACGUAUUGAGCCUUGCAGGACAACUCGGCAUCAACAUCUGGUCGGCGAAAAUUCAGACCGUCGCGGACUUGAUGAUGAUUAACGUACUCAACUGCAUUCUGGGAUCGCUGGCGGAGGUUAUUGUUCAGAUGACUGUUGCGGACGUCUUUUUCAUCCACCAAAGGGGCAUGAUGAAUAGUUUAUAUGUCUGGGCGACACUUAUUGGAGGCUCCCUUUCACCUGUCGCUGCGGGCUAUGUUACGCUGGGUCAGGGAUGGCGAUGGGUUUGGUGGUGGAUGUCGAUUCUUAUUGGGGUUAGUCUUGUGUUGUUCGUCUUUCUCUACGAGGAGACGAUGUUCGCGGCUCCAAAUAUCGAUGCGAUUCCCAUCGCCGAAGUUACAGCACACAAUAACCGACAGGGAGGCGUAAAACCGCCGAAAGAGUCAGGCGAUAAACAAGACGCCAUAUCGAAUAGUGUCCCUGAAGGAAGUGUCGAAAGUGUCGAGAAGGGUCAAAUCUCGAGUUCCGAUGAUUCGGUUUAUCGAGCGCAUUCCGAUUCGGCGACUACGAAAAUAUCCAGAAAGGCUUACCUACAGAGACUUGCUUUAUGGUCGAAUUCUGGGGGUUCUUGGAGGGACUAUGCGUAUUUCAGUAUACAGCCCCUAUUGAUUUUAUUCACAAUCCCACCAGUUUUCUACUGCGCCUUACUCUUCGGAAUUGUCACCGUCACGUUUCAAAUCACAGUGACGGUGGUCUCCACUUAUAUGCCAGGCGCCCCCUAUUAUUUCAACUCUGCGCAAAUCGGGCUUAUGGGCGGUCUACCAUCCUUCAUCGGAACAACUAUCGGCCUUUUGAUUAUCGGGCCUACGAGCGACCGACUUAUCCUAUUUCUUUCUCGAAGAAAUAAGGGGAUCUAUGAGCCGGAGAUGCGAUUAUGGAUUGUGCUGAUCUUCACGCCUUUCGUGCCGGCCGGGCUUCUUAUUUUCGGAUACGGGUUGGAAUACGGAUUAAACUGGCCUAUACUUGCAGCAGGCCUUUUGAUCCUUGCUAUGGGAACGGCGCCUAUCAGUAGUGGGGUUUUGGCAUAUAUGACUGACUCUUACACAAAGACUGUAGCUUCCGGUAUGGUUGGCGUUAUAUUCAUCCGAAACCUUCUCGCGACGAUUUUCGUCGUUGUGUUUACACCAUGGAUCAAUCACAACGGUAUUGGGAAUGUGUUUCUGAUCUGUUCGAUCAUUAUUCUGCUCAUUCUUUUAUUAACUAUCGGUAUGUUGAAGUAUGGGAAGAAACUGCGCGUACUAUCUACACCGAGAUACGCCGGUUAUUCUAUUAGGAGUAUGAAUGCUAGAUAGUAAUAGGAGCUACCUCGGGUUGUUCUGUAGGAUAGAUGGACCUCAAACUAGCACCAUUUUAAACAUGGCGUAUCUUGUGUCGGAAAGGAUGACAAGGCGUAGGACGAGCUUCCGUUUCCGACAUAUCUAACACCUAAGUUCCAACAUCCUUUGGGGGGCCUUAGCCAACCCAGAGUUUAAUUUACAGCUCAGUAAACUGCUCAGAUUGGGUAACCGGACAUGCUAGGUACGUACCUAGGUAUUCAUGACCGUGCAGAAUAGCAUCAGUCCAAGUGCCGACCGUAUGGCAUAUACUGUGGGAUACUGUGUUACUAAGACACCUCUGGGCCUAUCACAUUAGGUAGUUUUAUUCGGACAGUAAAAGUCCGUACUAUCAGCACUCGUCGCAAGGUCGGCACUCGGACUGACGCUAUUCU